UGAGUCUUGAUUGUGACGGCUGGCAGCGCUGCGCACAUUAACUCGAGCGCAGGCCAACUUUGGAACACUUAUUUAUUUUUUUACUCGUUUUUUGUUAAGCGGUGUUUGUUCUGUUCCUCGUAGUAUUGGGUUCGUUGGUGACUGGCAGAGAUGCUGGACUUCUUCGCCAUCUUCAGUAAAGGGGGGAUCGUGUUGUGGUGUUUCCAGGGGGCCGGAGUGACCGAAUCGUUCACCGGGCCCGUUAACGCUCUCAUCCGCUCCGUCAUCCUGCAGGAGAGGAGUGGGAAUAACUCCUUCACCCACAAUGCCCUCAGUCUUAAAUACAAGCUGGACAAUGAGUUUGAGCUUGUGUUUGUGGUGGGUUUUCAAAAGAUCCUGACGCUGACGUAUGUGGACAAGUUCAUAGAUGACGUCCAGCUGCACUUCAGAGAUCGAUACAAGAAUGAACUGGAGCAGAGAGGCGCACUAAAGUUUCUGCUCAAUAAUUUUGAGUUCGGAGAUGACUUCCACAGACUUAUGCGGGAGGCGGAGGUCAGCAGCAAAGCCAAGGCCCCCGUCUCCAUGAGGAAUUUCAAUGAGUCUGAGAAAUCCAAGAAAACUGUGAAGUCUAUGAUUGAGACAAAAGAUGGAGACAAAACCAAGGAGCAAGGAGGCAAGAAAAGUAAAAAUGCCAAAAAGGAAGCUGAAUCAGGAGGGGAUCAGGCUAAAGCUGCCUCACAGACUGCCUCAAAAAAAGCUGUGGAGAAUGGAAACGAGGGCCUGACCCAAGAGGAGAUUAUCGAGAGGAACCGUGCCAAGUUCAUCAGCAAGCAGUUGGGUGGCGGAAAGGCAGAGAAGCCCAGUAAGUCCCCUAAACCCCAGAAGCCAAAAGGGAAGGCAAACCGGGUGUGGGAUAUGAGCGGGAAGAGCAUUGGAGAGCUGGACUACAGUGGAGCCAAUGGUAACAACUCCAGUGACGCACAGAACCAAGACCCUGAUGCUAUCGCUGAACCGCUGAUCCAGGUGGAUUCAAUGAAAGGGGACCUGCGAGGUGUCGAUUAUGAGUCCUCGGAUGAUGAGGAUGAAGUAGUGCAAGAAGAGGAGAGAGUUGUGGUGGCAAAUACUAAGAAAGGAGCCAAAAAGGGUGGUUUCGGGGGAAUGUUUGGGAUGCUGAAAGGCCUGGUGGGAUCUAAGAAUCUGACUCAGGAGGACAUGGAGCCAGUUCUGGACAAGAUGAAAGAUCACCUCAUUGCAAAGAAUGUAGCAGCUGAAAUCGCCUCCCAGCUCUGUGUCUCUGUGGCCAAGAAACUGGAAGGCAAAGUCAUGGGCACUUUCACCACUGUGGCCUCUACAGUAAAGCAGGCUCUGCAGGACUCUCUGGUGCAGAUCCUGCAGCCCAAGCGGCGUGUAGACAUCUUGAGGGACGUGCUAGAGGCUCGUUCUCAGCGCAAACCCUUCGUCAUCACCUUCUGUGGGGUGAACGGCGUCGGCAAGUCCACCAACCUCGCCAAGAUCUCCUAUUGGCUGAUCGAGAAUGGCUUCACGGUGCUCAUCGCGGCCUGUGACACGUUCCGUGCGGGAGCCGUGGAGCAGCUGAGGACUCAUCAGCGGCGUCUGAACUCUCUACACCCGCCUGAGAAGCACGGGGGACGGCCCGCCGUACAGCUCUUCGAGAAGGGCUAUGGCAAGGAUGCUGCUGGGAUCGCCAUGGAGGCUAUCGCCUUUGCUCGUAACCAGGUCUUUGACGUGGUGCUGAUCGAUACCGCCGGCCGUAUGCAGGAUAACGCUCCUCUGAUGACGGCUCUGGCGAAGCUGAUCGCGGUCAACACCCCGGACCUGGUGCUGUUUGUGGGAGAAGCGCUGGUGGGAAACGAGGCUGUGGAUCAGCUGGUUAAAUUUAAUCAAGCACUGGCUGAUCAUUCCAGGACUGACAAACCCAGGCUCAUCGAUGGCAUCGUUCUCACCAAAUUUGACACCAUUGAUGAUAAGGUGGGCGCUGCUAUCUCCAUGACCUACAUCACAGGUCAGCCCAUCGUGUUUGUGGGCACCGGGCAGACCUACAGUGACCUGCGCAGCCUCAACGCUAGGGCUGUGGUCAGCGCGCUCAUGAAGGCCUGAGAUACGAGACCUGCCUCACGGUUCCGCUACAGCUAGAUACGAGACCCUGUGACCCUCUCAGCUUCCUGUGAAUGCAUACAUUGCCUACGUGUUGAAAUGAUAGGUGUUUUUUUGCUUUCUUACAGGUUUAACUGAAAUUCAGUUCAUAUUUAGGAAACUACUUGUGUUUUGUUCCAGGAAAAAAAAAAAGUGUUUCGGUUUAAUGAGUGGAAGGAAUAUCAUUUGACUUGAUCUCACCUCAGCAACCAUUUUUUGAGUGACAUGCAACACAGCCAAUCAGACACCAGUGCUUUGGUUUUCAUUUAAAUAAUGAGAUAAUGGAAAGUAUUUUUGCACUUUUCUGCAUCUGUUCUCUGCGAUCAAGUGUUCUUGUACUCUCUGCCCACCAAAAAAGAUGGACUGAGGUGUUAUUCCAAGGUUAUAAGAGAGAUAAUAUAUUCUAAAUGUAUUUUGUCUACUUUUUAUUUGAUUUAUGCAGGUACAUUCAGAUGAUGCCCACAACCCAAACUGUCUCAUUAAAUCACUACCAUAGUGCCUCAGCUCAUUACUUCAGCUGUUGAUCCCAAAACUGUUCUGUACAAACGCUGCCUUUUCUCAUUCUUCCUUUUAUACUCAGGCUUUUCAUGUCUCUGGAUGUGAAAGGUAUUAAAAGGUAUUGUAAGGUUUGGUGCUUGAGGUUUGAAGGCGCCUCAGCAGAAAGUUCUAAAAUGCUGCGUAUACCAAACUAUCUGAAGCCCUACGAAGUUUUACAUAUUUGUUUUAAUUCAUUAGUGACUGUACUGCCAUUUUCUUUUCUUUCAGAUCCCUUCAUCCUUUUAUUUUAGAACAAAGUCAGGUCUUAAUUCUCCUUCACCUCAUGUUAAUUUGCGCUAGCACACUGGCAAGACUGGAGAGCUUCAUAGAGAAGAUUUGUUGUACUUUGAGAAUGUGUAAUAUUUCUUAAAUAAAGCUGCUAUAAUAGCUUGUAA